CGCGGCGCUGACGUACAGCGCGCUGUGCCCCUCCACCGCCGUCAUGGUCAACUGGCGCGAGCUCAAGUGCCCGCUGCCCGCCAUCAGGAUGUCCUGGCUACGUGCAGCGGCUUUGCGCGUUAACAAGCGCCUGGGCAGCGAGGGCGGAGCCCUACUAGCCCUUACAAGAAUCGACCUGGCCAACAAUGAGCUAAGGACGCUGCCUGCUGAGCUGUUCACGCUCGUCAGUUUGAGGUGA